CAAAAACAAUGGAAUCCACAUUCAAGUUCCUCAUUUCCAUAAUCUUCUUUACCCUUCUUAUCAAUGAAUCAUCUAGCUGUGCAUUGAACAGCCUUCAAAUUGUCCAAGAAAAUACUGGGGCACAUGAACAAGGCAAGCCUGUAUGGAAGGUCUCAGUUAUCAACAACUGUGACUGUGGACAAAGCCAAAUAUUGCUGUCUUGCAAAGGUUUUCAAACUGUGGUACAAAUUGAUCCAUUAGUUCUUAAAGUGCAAGGAGACAAUUGUCUCUUAUUCAAUGGCCAUCUCUUGAGUUAUAAAGAUAUUGAUGCAUUUGAAUAUGCAUGGGAUACAUCCUUUCCUUUUGCUCCUGUAAGUGCUGUUACAAGUCCUCCACCAUGCCAUAGCCCAAAAAAUUAAAUACAAGUAUAGUAUUACUAUUAAUUAAUGUAGUCAAAAAAAUAAUAUGGAUUUCAAAGGGUUUAGGAUAGAGUCUUUCUUUGAAUUCAGUGUGAGGUUGUAAUUUUUAUAUUUUUAUGAGGUUGAUGUUCUAAAGUGAUGAAAACAAGAGCCUUAUAUAUUAUUUAUUGUUUGAAAGUUAUCAAUUUAAAUGAGGUACAAAAAACU